CGGCAGACAAGUGUUGUUUUUCUGAAGCUCGUUCUUGGGUGGGGUGGGGAUUAGAAGCCGAAAGUUGGAAACCAUAGGCAGAGCUCAGCGGUUCCAGAAAGAAAACACACAGACACACACGACAACGAUAACAACAACAACCAAACAGCCCUCCACAGCGUGGGCUCGGGCUGGCACGGCUCUGCUUCUCCCUCCUGUCUACUUUGCUUUUUCCUCUCCUCUCGCAGCAGGGCUGGGCUCACGCCAUCGCGUCCACGGAUACAGUCCCCCUGCGCCUCUGUUGCCCUGGGGUGUACCCCCCAAAGAAACAGGCCGGUAAAGCCAGGCAGAGCCAGCAGCUUGCCCCGGACCCGCCAUCCUACGCCCGGGAAACUCGACGAGGGGGAGGCAGCUAGAAGGAAACUUUGGGAUCUCUCAGGAAACAAUAGUUGGGGAAGAAGGUGUGGGCUGCUAUGUGCGGUUUCUUUAUUUUCCGGGAGACGGCUCCCUAGUGAGCGCGUUGGGCGAGGAAGGCAAGUGCCUUGCUGGUGGAUUUCUGCUGUUCCCCCCACCCCCACCCCAGAUUCAGGUGGAGAGUGAUGUGGGGUGGGGGUGUUGGGAGUUCCACACUGGCCUGGCCUUCUUUUUUGUAUUUGUUUGAUUUUUGCCCCCGCCAGCUGGGUCCCCCAAACCUCCCCAGGCAGUCGACUCAGCGCCCUAACGGGGGCACGCGUGUGCGCCGUCUCCAGCACUAUCCUCACAAAUAAUAGCUGCGAGAAGGGGGAAGGGGCUGAGGCAGAUAGACAGACGGACUAGAGAAAAGCAGGCUGUUUAAUCUGUCCGAAGAAGUAGGAAGAUCAGUGAGAUGGGGGGGGUAAUGGAGGGAGAGAGAAAGAAGGGGGGGAAAUGGUCCGAUUGCAACGUGUCAGAUCUUGCAGCCUCCUCCCCCCCAAAAAACACAACAACCCUCAAACACAAAAACACCUUAGCUAACCAACAACCCAGGCCCUCGGGGUUAAAGUAACCGUGUGAUGGCAGCGAAAUCGUGCAGCAGCUUAAGGCAAAACAAGGAUUUGUGUUGGGAGGUCGGCGAGUGUGAACAUGGCUAUGCCUCAACGUUCCCCUCCAUGCCGAGCCCCCGGAUGCAGCAUUCAAAGCCCCCACGGAGGUUGAGCCGGGCACAGAAACACAGCAGUGGGAGCAGCAACACCAGCACUGCCAACAGGUCUACACACAAUGAGCUGGAAAAGAAUCGACGAGCUCACCUUCGCCUGUGUUUAGAACGCUUAAAAGUUUUGAUUCCACUAGGACCAGAUUGCACCAGGCACACAACACUUGGUUUGCUCAACAAAGCCAAAGCACACAUUAAGAAACUUGAAGAAGCUGAAAGGAAGAGCCAGCACCAGCUAGAGAACUUGGAACGAGAACAGAGAUUUUUAAAGCGGCGUCUGGAACAGCUGCAGGGUCCUCAGGAGAUGGAACGAAUACGAAUGGACAGCAUUGGAUCAACUAUUUCUUCAGAUCGUUCUGAUUCAGAGCGAGAGGAGAUUGAAGUGGAUGUUGAAAGCACAGAGUUCUCCCAUGGAGAAGUGGACAAUAUCAGUACCACCAGCAUCAGUGACAUUGAUGACCACAGCAGCCUGCAGAGUAUUGGGAGUGACGAGGGUUACUCCAGUGCCAGUGUCAAACUUUCGUUCACUUCCUAGAACCCAGCAUGACAUAACAGUGCAGGGCAAAAUACUCACUGGGCCAAUUCAAUCCAAACAAUCUCUUAAAUUGGGUUCAUGUUGCAGUCUCCUCUUUAAAACUAAACAAAACUAUACUUGAACAAAAGGGUCAGAAGACCUCUAUUUAAGCAAAUACUUAGCAAAAAGUGGGGCAGAGCCUCCCCAGCAGAACAAAUAUUCAUAAUAUUCAUAUUUGAAAAUCACAAUUUCUAAUGGCAGCAGAAAACUUGUGUGAAAUUUUCUUGAUUUAAGUUGAUUUGAAAGAGGACAUUGGAAAUUCCAUCCUCUUUUUCUUUUCUGGGUUGCUCAUACUACAUUGAUUGAGUAGACACAUUUAAGGAUGGGAUUAUGAACCCUUCUAAGUUUUUUGGUCCUAAAAACAAACAAAUAUCAAACCUAUAGUAAUGACAAGACAAGAUAAUCAGGCAUUAACCUUGGAUAGCUAAAGAGCUAUUAAAACUCAGCCUGGGACAGCUUAUCAUGAAGCCUGUGGAUGAUCAAUUCUUAAAACAAAAAACAAAACAAAAAAACACCUCAUUUCAUGCUCUGCAAAAGGAGAGACUCCCAUGAAGCCUUUUAAAAGGGAUCAUCAUAUGCAGCUCAGCUUUCUGUUGGAUUCCAUGCUAAGCAAGCUAACCUUAUCCUGCAUUGUUAGCACUAGGGCAACCCAACCUCCAGCUCAACAGUCAGCCGCCCUUAGGCCCAUGGGCAGCAUGGGGCAGUCCAUGUGCAUGACAGCCUCUACCACGCAGGGCCUGAGUUUGGAUUGAGGGGCCAGAAGGAAAAAGCUCCACGUGCCUCUGUGUCUGCGUGAGCCAGAAGAGUUGUCCACGCAGAUUAGCAGGCCAAGGUCUGAGCCACGGCAGCAUUUUUAUUUUCAGAUUUUGAUAACUGUUUGUAUGUGUUAAAAACCAAAAUGACAUCUUUUUAAAGCUUGUCCAUAAUAGACGUCUUUUAUAGUGAAAAACACAUGGGAAAAAAAAAUCAUCUAUUUUGAUGCAGCAUUUGAUAAUGAUAAAACACCUCACACCUCACUCUUUAUAGUGCACAAAAUGAAUGAGGUCUGGGCUAAGUAGAAAAAAGGUCAAUGCUGUUUUUGUUUUGUUUUAGAAUCAUUACCUUUUACCAUCUUUUAACCAUCUAUAGUAGACACACUAUCAUAGUUAACAUAGUUAAGUUUGGCACUUGUCUCAAUUUAUGUGAAGAUUUGCUUCCGUUUUCCUACAGGCAGUCUCUCUACUUCCUCACAAUCCCACUGUGCAGGUGCUAUUGUCGCUCUUGUCAAUAUUUUCAGAAAUGUUAUUUUCUUUUAAGUGAAAUUUCUAGCCUGCACUUUGAUGUCAUGUGUUCCCUUUGUCUUUCAAACUCCAAGGUUCUCCCCUGGCCCUUUCCCCGACCCUGGGAAGCCUUGGAAACCUUACCUUGGCUCUUUGGACUUUGUAUACUUUAAAUAAUUUAACUACCCUUAAUUACUUAAAAAAGAAAAAAAAAGCUUUAUGAUUUUCAUAACUUAUUGCUGAUUUUAAUGGGUUGUUAAUUUCAGUCCUGUAGUUUUAUUUUGUUUAGAUAGGGCUGGGCAAGGAAAAAGGAAAUAAAGACAACCAUAUUUAGCAGUGCAGAUGAGUUGUGUGUGUAAUGUUAGACUAUCCUUUGUAAGUAGCACUUUAACAGCUCUCACUGCUUCUAUAUAUGAAGUGAACCAUCUUGGUCAUACACAAGGCCUCAUCAUAUAUUUACUUGUCCUUGUGCUCUUCCUGUGCCUCCAAAAAUAUUUUAUCCUUGAUUGUGGUAUGUAUGAGUGGAAGAAAUUCUUUGAAAUAGAUGUGUGAAAAACUGCAUGCCUUUAGAAGCCCAUUAUUAGAACUUGUUACUUCAGGUGCUGGGGACUUAAUGAAAAACAUGAUAAAUUCAUUUCUGCGGCCCAGGUAAAUUAUUUCUGGUUUCAUUUAUAAUUACUCCUGGCCAGGUCAAAAUGUUGCCCUAUAUAUUUGUUUUCCCAAGGGAGACAGUUUGAAGACUGCUAAGUACCUUGGAAAGUAAAUGGAAGCCAAUGACAGAAUUUCCAUUUUGUUGUUCCCAGGGCAUUCAUUUGCAUCACUUGUCUAGGGCUGGAAUUUGGGACUUUAUUCAGGUGAACUUGAGGUGCUGCCAUUUUGUUGUGUAUGUACAGGAUGGUGGGCUGGGAAGCCUUUGUCACAAACCUAUAGUACUUAUUUCAACUCCCCCCUAAAUUACUCCUUCCCUGGAUUUGUUUUCCUUGGGGGAGGGGAAUGGAUUGUAUGAUGAGUAAGAAGUAUUAAUUUUUUAAAAGACAAAUCGACUUUGAAGAUACAAAAAGUUAACUGCAAGAAAUAAAAAUUGUGAAUGAAAAA